AUGUGGCAUAUUGGUAGUGAAUGAAUUCUGCGUACAAAAAUGAAUGAUACGGUUCUAUUAAGCCCAUACAAGAGUGAAGUAUUGGAAUCCUUUAGUAUGUGGUAUGGAAAAGUGCACGGGUAUAUUAGCAUUGUGAUAUGUGCUAUGGGAAUUAUUCUUAACAUAAUCAAUAUUGUUGUACUCACGCGUAAAACAAUGCAAACACCAAUUAACUCUAUUCUUACAUGGCUUGCUGUAUUUGAUAUUGCUACAAUGAUAUCAUAUGUUCCAUUUGCAUAUCAUUUUUAUUGUCAGUAUUCUACGCUUUAUAUUUCCUCUGACAAAAAUAGCAAGCCGUGGAUGAUAUUUUUACUGGUAUACUUAAACUUUUCGGCGACUACGCAUACAAUAUCAAUUUGGCUUGCCGUAACGUUGGCGAUCUUUAGACACAGGCAUCUGAAUUCACCAGCUAAAGGAAGUCUGACACGCAUGCGCAGAUUAAUAAGAGCACGUGUAGCAGUUUGUGUCAUUGUUUGUAUAUCAGUUUUGAUAAUGAUUCCGAAUUAUUUAAUUCACAGGUUAGAGAAGCUGAACUUAAGUGAUAAUAGUUCUCUAUAUGUAUUUGAAGACUGGAAUUUGGGGUCAAGACAAACGAACCACUUUAUAACACUUGCUCUUAUCAUGUAUAGUGUUCUUGCGAAACUUUUACCAAGUCUUCUGAUAAUUAUAUAUGGUGGUUUGUUGCUGCAAACAUUGCGUAAAUCAAUGAAAGUCAAACGGCGUUUAUUCGAAGGUCGGGCUAGCCUUAGUUACCAAAGAAACAGAGGUCCAGCGAGGACAACAGUGAUGCUACUGACUGUUAUUGUACUGUUUCUUGUAACUGAGCUACCGCAAGGUGUCCUUAUUGUUUGUUCCAUAUUUUUAGACAAAUUCUUUGAACACAUUUACAUUCCAUUAGGAGAUAUUAUGGACAUUUUAGCCCUUAUAAACAAUGCUAUAAACUUUGUCCUAUAUUGCACCAUGAGCCAUCAGUUUAGAAGGACUUUUAUUAAAUUAUUCUGUUCUUUUUCACUGCUUGAUAUACUAUCAAGUACAAAUUCACAAUCUCCUAGCAAGGACAAUGUUUCAAAUAAUAUUUCCCUUUCAGAUAAGAGUUUUGGCCAGGAACGUAAUUCGUGCAUUACUUUGUAUACGAAGACGCACGUAACCAGAGAAGAGAGUAUUCUGUAACAAACAACAACGAACAAAAUCACUCAACGUGUAUAUAAAAAUUGUGUACGAUUCUCUGUUAUAUAUGUUCAAUUUAGACGGCUAAUUUCGUGUGUGAAACGUCUGCUUACAUUGACACAAGAACGAAUAUAUGUAGCAUUGUCCACCAGCUAUAUAAGCUGAAUCUAGGAAACGUCAA